GGUUGUUAGUACAUGAGUCCCGUAACGCCGAAACAAAUCCUUACCAUAUUUAGCUCUACUUUUAAGCCAUAAAACGUUCAUGUCUUGAUCUGGUAAGCUAAAGACCAUUUCUUCACUUUGCUAUCGAAGUAUCAUCAACCUGACACGAAUCAAUCACCAGUGUUAGAUUCUAUAGACAACCAAAAGUUGUGCAGUUUUUUCACACGUACAAAACACCACCCAAAUAUGUCCGUUUUACAGAGGUCGGGCUGUCUGGCGAUUUUUUAAAAUUGUUUCCAGGGUUUCAGAUACCAGUGAAUUCGAAUGGCGCUAUUACGGAAAUUGCUGUAUAAGAAGCCGCCCAAUGGACUUGUCGAUGUCUCUGAAAGAAUAUACGUCUUUGACUCUUGUUUCAGAACUAAAACAUGGGAACAAGAAGAAUACAAAGCUUACGUGGGCAACAUCAUUAGUAAAUUUCAAGAAACUUACCCUGAAUCUUCAGUCAUGAUUUUCAAUUUUCGGGAGGGAGAUAUAGCAAGCAAGAUCCACACAUUUUUAUCACCAUACUUUAUUACUAUAAUGGACUACCCUCGGGACUAUGAAGGUUGCCCUGUGUUGACAAUAGAGGUGAUCCACCAUUUUCUUAAAUCAAGUGAAAGCUGGCUCUCACUUGGACAACACAACAUUGUGCUAAUGCACUGUGAGGUUGGUGGUUGGCCUGUUUUGGCUUUCAUGUUGGCUGCUCUUCUACUUCACAGAAAACAUUACACUGCUGCAAAUAGAGCCCUGGAGAUGGUUUAUAAGCGGGCACCACCUGAUGUGUCAGUGUCACCACAGCUGAUGUCACCAUUGAAUUCUUUAGCUUCUCAGUUGAGGUACUUACAGUAUGUGUUAAAGAAAAAUAAUGAUGAUGAACAGUGGCCUCCAGCAGCCAAAGCACUUAAAUUAGAUUGUGUGAUGAUGAGAAUGAUUCCUGAUUUUGAUGGAAAAGGGGGUUGUUGUCCCAUAUUCCGGAUAUAUGGACAGAAUCCUUCGUUACAAUUUGAUAAAAGUUCUAAACUUCUUUUUUCAACCCCGAGAAGAAGUACAAAUGUGCAAUCUUACAAUCAGGCAGAAAGUGAAGUGGUCAAAAUAGAUAUUAACUGCCAUAUUCAAGGUGACAUUGUGCUGGAGUGUCUUAACUUGCAUGAUGACAUGGCGGAGGAAGAUAUUAUGUAUAAGGCCAUGUUCAACACAGCGUUCAUCAAGUCAAAUACUUUAGUGCUUAAUCAUGAUGAAAUCGACGUAUCUUGGGACAUUAAGGAUCAGUUUUCUACAGACUUUGAAGCUGAGUUUUUUUUAUCCGAAUCGAACACGAAAGCUUCUAUUGUUCGAGUAGAUUUGUCUUCUUUUGAAGAAGAGGGACUCCCAAUUGAAGCAUUUGGUAAAGUUCAAGAAAUGUUUAGCAGUGUGGAUUUAUCUUGUACAUCGGCUUAUGGAAAAAUACAAUUGAUUGAUCAUCAGCGGGCAUAUAACUGUGAAAUCUUGCUUUCAAAGGUGAAGACACCAGUGCCUGAAUUGAUGGAACAUGUCCUUAAGUUGGAUGAAUCAGCAAUGAAUGUUGUUGAUCAGGUGGAUAACCUUAUACAGUGCUGUCCUACAAGGGAGGAGAUGGAAAUAAUUAAGGGCUAUGAAGGAGAUCCCGAUAAGUUGGGCAAAUGUGAACAGAUCUUCAUAGAGCUAAUGAGAUUUCCACGUUCGGAAGCUAAACUCAUAGUUUACUCUUAUAAGUUACAGUUUAGUACACAGGUUACAGAACUUAGGGAUAAGCUAAGCAUUUUAUAUUUAUCAGUAGAACAGCUUAUUAGUUCUGUAAAGUUGAGGAGAGUCAUGCAGACAAUUGUUUCUCUUGGAAAUGCUUUCAACCAGGGAACUGCAACAGGUGAUGCUGUUGUGUUCAGAUUGGACAGCCUCUUAAAACUUAACCAAACACGUGACAGGAGCAAUAAGACGACUCUCAUGCAUUAUCUUUAUAAGGUGCUUGCAGACAAACUGCCUGAACUUGUAGAUUUUUCCAGGGAACUUGGCAGCUUGGAAGCUGCAUCAAAGAUACAGCUAAAAUUCUUGAAGGAAGAAAUGUGUGCAGUGACAAAAGGACUAGAGAAAGUAGUCCAAGAAAAGAAAUUAUGUAAAAAAGAUGGACAUGUGUCUAAAAAAUUUCGGAAGUCUCUGAAAAAGUUUCUUGCUUCUGCGGAACCUGAAGUGAGGUCCCUAGCCAUGUUUUACUCUAGGGUGACUUUUUGGGUGGAUGUUUUAGUUAAUUACUUUGGAGAAGACCCUAAAAAAUGCCCAUAUGAAAAAGUUGUUGGAACUUUGUGUUCGUUUGUGAGAAUGUUUAAUCAAGCCCAUGAUGAAAACUGCAAGCAGAUAUAGGCGGAGAAGAAGGCAGCCAGCAAACAAGAAAAGUUAAAGGGAGACGAAUAAGAAGAAUUAAAGGAAGCUGAACAAGAUAUGUUGUAAGAAGAUCAAUUAAAGGCGCACAACACGGGCUCAAAGUUAUUAAUCUUAGAAGUAAGUUGUUUAAUUGUACUUUUAAUUUACUAAUAAUAUGUUCAGUGCGAAAAAGUUGCUCACCAAGGGAAUAUAUAUGCUCGGUGUAACCUUCUUCAAAUUAAUUAUGUUCGGGUGCACCGGCCGCAACAUAUGUUUGAUGUCGAGAACAUAUAUUUUGUGCAAAAACGAUUAAUUAAGUGUAGAUGAAAAUGAAAAUUUUAUAUAUUAGC